AUGGACGCCUCGGCCGCCCGCUUCUUCUCUACGCCACACUUUGCUGUCGAUAUUAGCCUGGUACCAUACCCAUUCACUGGACGUAACACCGAUCAAUCCAAGGACGCCGACUAUCAAGUUGCCCUCGAAGGCCUACUCAACGGUGAAGUCUGUCAGCGAACUCUCGGCUCCGUCGGAGACCGCGCUAUCCUUCUCACGCCGCCCGCGGCUACGAAGAAGGUACUGGAAGAGGCAAAAGCUGCUGGGAUCAGCUCGGUGUGGUUGCAACCAGGUAGCUUUGAUGACAGCAUUUUGACGUGGGCAAAGACCAACUUCGAGAGCGCUAUUGGUGGCUAUGAAGGCGGCACACGGGGCGGCGAGGGAUGGUGUGUCCUGGUCGAUGGAGAGGAUGCCAUGAAAGCGGCUGGACGGACCUGGAAGCAGCAAAAACUCUGA